AUGGAAACAGUACGAGGCGCAUGUUCAAAAGACAAAGUUGGAGGGAUGGUGUUCAUUCGCGAAGACAUCACGCCCUCCAUGCUUGAAUGGAAAGCAGUAGACGAUGACAAGAACAAUAUCGCCAUCCCAUUAAACAAAUUAGUGGCACUUCAAGCCACGAAGGAAACUGUGCCAAAGAUGAUUUUACAGAUCAGUUACAAGUCCGAUGUCGAAAACGAGCCAGAUAAAAAGAUGAAACUACACUUUAAUAACCGACCUACAAUGAAUAAUAUCAAAGACGCUUUACAAACAAUUGUUGCACGAUCAAGAACACGUGUUGAAGGAUCACCAUCAACUCCAAUGUCAGACGCUGGUAUUGGAUCUCCUUCUACUUUGUCUUCCACUUUUCCAGGUGCUGCUGCCGUAGGAAAAACAGGAGGAACAGGGUUAAGUCAAUCACCAUCUGGUGGUGGUAGUCUUCAACCUGGAGUAUCUCCAUCAACACCAACUCCAGUACCUUCAUCUUCAUCGUCAUCGUCAUCGUCAUCGUCAUCAGCAACCGGCAACUUUUCACUUGCGCAAAACGCAUUAUCUGAUGCUAAUCUACUCAAAAAUUUUGAGUUACAGCAAAAGCUCUUACUAGAGGACAGAAACUUGCGAAACAUUUUUACCAAAUCAGUCAUGAGCUUUAAAUUAUCCCCGACAAUAUUCUGGUCGAGUCGAAUCAACCAAUUGCGCACAUUUGCAUUGACCAUAUCCCAGCAUAGAGGACCAUACAAUGUGCUAAGCACAAUCAAGCCUGUGGCUACAUCGGAUAAUCAAGUGAAUGUCAAUGUGACGCGUGACACCAUCAAUGAAAUUUUUGAAAUCUACCCAAUCAUCAAAAGAGCAUUUACCGACUUGGUGCCUAAAAGGUUUCUGGAAGGUGAAUUCUGGUCGCGCUUUUUCAAUUCGAAAUUGUUUAGACGAUUGCGUGGUGACAAGAUUGGUAUUAAUAGUGGACGUGGUGAUGUAGUGUUGGAUAAGUACUUGUACAUGGAUGAAAAAGCGACCCCGCUUAGUGAUGUCAACAAAGAAAGUCAAAAAGAAGCAGGCAAAGAGCAAGGCAAAGAAGGUAAAGGCAAAGAAGGUAAAGGCAAAGAAGGUAAAGGCAAAGAAGGUAAAGGCAAAGAGCAAAGCAAGGAAAGUAAUAAAGAGGAAACAUCAGCGGAUGCAACUACUGCCACAGCUUCUCAAGCAGAUGGUAAUUCACCUAAGCGACGGAAAGUUGAAGCUGAAAAUCCACUACUCAAUGAUAACAUAACAGACGACAAUAUUACUGUUAACAAGACUAUAGACUUGUUUGCAAAUGAGCAAGAUAAUUCACAAAAAUUGGGCAACCGUCCCGAUAUGACCAUGAGAUUUGAUGGUGAUCUACUGACAAUUAUGGGCAAUAGCAGCGGUGGUGGCCCCAACAGAUUUCAAGGAAACGGUAGGGAAAAUGAAAUGGUUAUAUUGAUGAGAAAUAUGAAUAAAUUAUCUUCGAAAAUGAUGAGCAUGAGUUCUGCUGAUACAUCAUCAUCAUCUUCUUCUUCUUCUUUGCCGCGGACAAAAGGCGAGACUACUGUUGAUGGAUUAUCAGCUCAAGAAGUAAAUGAAUAUGAAGAAGAGUUGAACUUGCAUGACUUGAACGUAGUUGAGGAGUCGCAUUAUAUAAAACUAAACAUCAACACAAGCGCAUCUCGGAGUCCAAGUGUUGGUCCCGGUGAAAAAGAUGCUGGUGCUGAAGAACAGCUUGACGACAAAGAAGCACAAAACUUUAUUUAUCAACAAUUUCAACAGGUGACGAAAGGCGGUGAUGAAAAAACCGAAAAAGAUGACAUAAAGACAUCAAACUAUUUUGAUUUGACAGAUACCUUCAAGGGAAAAACAGAAGACAUUGAGAAAACAUCUUUUGAGGUGUCUGCGCUUCUUCGACAAAAUUUUAAAACCUAUAAACUUCUCAACAAAGAUGAAACAUAUUUAAAAUCAUCAUAUGAGAAAGUGCCCGUUAAUUUAGUGCCCGACUCCUUAUACCAGGAGAUUAUUACAUAUAAUAUCACUAUUGUUGAGUUUUUGUCGCAUUUUUGGAAACUAUUUCUUCAAGGUAAAAACCCGCAGCAAUUGAAGAAGUUGUUCACCAGCUUGAAAAAUUGUGCAAACCUGUUGAGGGAGUUCAAAACUCGAGCAACGGCUCAAUUAGAGGCAAUUGAGAUUGUAGCAAAGAAUGAAAAGCUAAGGGAUAAGAUUUUAAAAGAUUUCAAUUCCUGUUUGGAACCAGUAGAGCUCAGUUUACAAACUGCAUUAACCAAGUACACUGCUGCUGCUGCUGCUGCUACUUCGGCUACUUCGGCUACUUCUGUUUCUUCUGUUGCACCUGUUCCCGCCACCGAAGGAGCCUAA